AACAUGGAAGGGGAAACAAGCUCGUCCCAUUCCGAAACAACCCCUCUCAGAUAUGGACAUAGAGCAGGACAUAGUCAAUAUAGUGAUGGGAGCCCUGUGAAUGUAUUUCAUUCAGUAAAUUUCCGGAAAGAUUCAGAAGUAUCAGAUGUUGACGAUGCCCACUCACAGGGACAUUCGAGAUCUGAUCCCCGGGUUGCACGUGCAAUGUCCUGGCAGAACGUUGAGGUUACAGCGGAUGAUAGAGAUACGGUGGGCAGUAUGCGAGUAAUAUCUUCUAAAUAUGAGAGUCUUGAUUAUGAUCAAGUAGAAAAUACUUUCACUGUUAAUGUGUUAAUACAUUGCCUGCUGAAAGCCUUUACAAAUAGCCAAAAUAAAUGGAAAAAACUGUCAAAUGUACAAUGCAUGCAGGUGAAGAGAUGGUUUGUUAUGUUUUUAAUUGGUAUAUGUACUGGUUUAGUUGCAUGUUUUAUUAAUAUAUGCAUUGACCAGAUUUCUGCUAUUAAAUAUUCAACAGUUAGACAUUUUACAAAGAUGUGUCGUGAUGAGGCUUGUAUGGAAUAUGCAUUAUUAGUAUGGAAUGGAUUCAACGUAACAUUUGUUACGAUUGCCGCCUUCAUGGUGGCAUAUAUAGCUCCUGUUGCUGCUGGCAGUGGAAUUCCUCAAAUAAAAUGUUAUUUAAAUGGUGUGAAAGUUCCUUUUGUUGUUAGAAUUAAAACAUUAAUUACAAAAGUCUUUGGUGUUACAUUAUCUGUGGCAGGAGGGCUGUCCAUUGGUAAGGAAGGUCCCAUGAUUCAUUCUGGUGCCGUCAUAGCAGCUGGAGUAUCACAAGGAAAAUCAACAACUUUCAAAAUAGAUGGCAAGGUAUUUGAAGAUUUUCGAACUGAUACCGAAAAGCGAGACUUUGUUUCCGGUGGUGCGGCAGCUGGUGUAUCAGCAGCAUUCGGUGCUCCUGUUGGUGGUGUGUUGUUUAGUUUAGAGGAAGGUGCCAGUUUUUGGAAUCAGUCACUGACUUGGAGGAUUUUUUUUGCUUCCAUGGUAUCUACAUUUACAUUGAAUGUUGUGUUGAGUUAUUACAAUGGUGAUCCGUGGACGUUAUCUAACCCAGGGCUUGUAACAUUUGGUAAAUUUACAGGGCAGGCAUAUUAUGGUUAUGAAAUCCCUAUAUUUCUAUUAAUGGGAGUAGCAGGGGGGUUACUAGGAGCCUUAUUUAAUGGUCUUAAUUAUAGACUCAGUGUAUUUAGAUUAAAGUAUGUGUAUUUACGACUUUCAUGUGUCACUGAAGCAGCAUUGGUUGCCUUGGUAACCACAACAAUAAGUUUUACAAUGAUUUAUUUCAUUUCUGACUGCCAUCCUAUCGGGAGUAACUCAAGUCCAGAACCACUUCAGUUUUUUUGUGACGAUGGGGAGUUCAGUGCUACAGCAACAUUGUUUUUUAAUACCCCAGAGGAAGCCUUAAAAAGUUUAUUUCAUGAUCCACUAGGUGCCUAUAAACCUGUCACAGUCGGAGUAUUCUUUUGUAUUUAUUUUUGUCUCGCAUGUUGGACGUAUGGUUUAGGCGUACCAAGUGGUUUGUUCAUACCAAGUCUACUAACGGGAGCAGCAUGGGGCAGACUGGUUGGCAUAUUUGUACAUUAUGUUUUUCCUGGUGGGCACUUCUCUGACCCCGGUAAAUAUGCUUUGAUUGGUGCUGCUGCUCAGCUAGGUGGUAUAGUACGUAUGACAAUUAGUUUAACCGUGAUAUUAAUAGAAGCCACUGGGGAUGUGACAUAUGGGUUACCAUUAAUGCUGGUCUUAAUGAUAUCCAAAUGGGUUGGUGAUUAUUUUAAUUUGGGUUUGUAUGACAUUCACAUUCUCCUACAAAGUGUCCCCUUGUUACCAUGGGAACCACCAGCAAUGGCACAUAAUAUAUCAGCGCAUGAUGUUAUGAGUCAUCCUGUUGUCACACUGAAUACCAUAGAAACUGUUGGUAAAAUUGUAGAUGCUAUGUCACAUCAUCAUCAUAAUGGAUUUCCUGUUGUUGAUCCAAAUGAAGUCACUGAUAGAAGUUUUGGUACUUAUCGAGGUCUAAUUCUUCGUUCACAACUUAUUGUUUUGUUAAAAAAAGAGGUUUUCAAUGAAACUGUUGGUGUUACCAGUUUACGGCAAAGAAUUCGACUUAAAGAUUUUCGAGAUGAGUACCCACGGUACCCAGGUAUCAAAGAUAUCAAAGUUAAACCAGAACAUCGACAGUAUCACAUUGACCUUCGACCUUUCAUGAAUCCAACUCCAUACACUGUGUCACAGAAUUCAUCUUUAUCUAGGAUAUUUCGACUUUUCCGAGGUCUAGGUUUGAGACAUUUAGUUGUUGUUGAUGAUCACAGUCAGGUUGUUGGAAUUGUAUCACGUAAAGACCUUGCACGAUAUCGAGUGUUCCAUCAUCAUUUCAAACUGGAACUUGAAGAAUUACAUAUUUCAAUUUGAAAAAAAGUCUACCUUGAUAAAAGCAGUGCUACCAAAAUGGGACCAGACUUUUUGUGAAUCUGGAAUAAAUUCCUUGAUGUCUGGAAAAAAUAGUACAUCCAGGUUAAAGGAAGUCUUACAUAUUUACAGAGAGGGAAAAUGCAUAUUUUGAAUAUGGUUUUACAUAAGCAAAGUAAUAUCAUGGG